UCCACAUUGUCAAAUAAAAGCUAGGGUAUUUGCGAGCUAGUCUUAUUUGUGAGCGGGAUUCUGUAAUAAGGACAUACUUGAACAGUGUUGACAUAAUCAUGGCUUCUCAAAUGACCUUUCUACUUUCCGUACUUUGUAUCUUGUAUCUUCACGGAUCAGGUGUAUCUGCUUUGGAUUGUUACUCUUGUACAAACUGUAACGAUCCAUUUAAGGCGUCUGGCGUGUCAACUAUGUCAUGUAGUAUAUCGUGUAUGAAGAUCAAAGGUGAAAGGGAUGGAAACCAAUUUGUUUUAAGAAGUUGCGGAACUUUGGAUGUAGACAAAUGUGAGAAACAAAAGUACGAAGGUGUCGAUGUUGAGGCAUGCAUGUGUAAAGGCAACUUGUGCAAUGGUGCAGAUGACAUAAAGAUGCGCCUCACUUUGCCGAUCAUUUGCGCGAUUGUCCUCGCGAUGGCGAGAAAACUUAUCUUUUAAAUCAUUUUAUGAAUAUAUGAAUAAUGAAUAAACAGUUAUUACAAUAUUGUUUAACUAACAUUUGUGUCAUAUUAUAUAGUUGUAUUGGAAUAUAUAAAUUAAAGUUACAACAAACAAAUAA